CUUCAAGAGGGCACCCGGCCCCACGGCGGCGACGUGUGGGUGUUGCUCCAUUGCUAAAGCUCCGGGAGUUUUACUGCUAUAUUUUGCUUGUGUGGAUGCGCAACGUACUGGUAGCUAAUUCCAGCCGUCCCCUUCGCAGGUCUUUCCUCGAAUCGGAGCGGGCACCCGCAUUCACCGACGGGAUGGACGGGUGCCGCGCCUCGCCGGCGCCGGCAUCCUUGCCGGACAACGACGACCUCCUCCUGGAGAUCCUACUCCGCCUCCCGCCGCUCCCGUCGUCCCUCCCCCGCGCCUCCCUCGUCUGCAAGCGCUGGCGCCGCCUCCUCUCCGACCCCCAGUUCCUCCGCCGCUUCCGGGCCCACCACCGGAAACCCCCAAUGCUUGGCUUCUUCUUCGUGGACUUCGACAACGACGAUGGGCCCAUACCCGUCUUCACCCCCACGCUGGCCACCCCCGACCGCAUCCCACCCGCGCGCUUCUCGUUCCCGAAUCACUCCAGAGAGGGUUUGUUCUUCCUCGAAUGUCGCCACGGCCUUGCCCUCCUCUUCAACUGGAGGAAGCUUGAGUCUGUCGUGUGGGACCCUAUCACCGGCUUCCGGCUCAGCAUAGCUAUACCGACGGAGAUGAAGAGGAAUGAUCGGCACCACCACUUCAAGUGCGACUUGUACAAUGGUGCGGUGAUGAGGAAUUGCUGCUCAGGCGCCUUUAAAGUGGUCACGGUUUUCAGCAAUCGACUGUACAAACUUGCAUGGGCGUGCCUCUACGAUUCAGAAUCUGGAAAAUGGGGCAAUAUCAUCUCAACUGCGGUCCCAUCCUCUACUUAUUUGGCUCAGCCUAGCGUCCUGGUUGGAAAUGCAGUUUGCUGGUUGCUUCAUUUCAGAGGUGCUGGCGUCCUUCGGUUUGAUACAGAUAAGCAGAGUCUGGAUGUAAUCCAGAUGCCAGAGGACAUUCAUGAUACAGAUGAUUCAUGCGUUGAUCUCUUGCGGACAGCAGAUGGAGGCCUUGGAAUUGCAAUCUUGUCAAAACAGAGAAUCCAGUUGUGGGGUCAGACUGCCGUCUCGGAUCGCGUUGUCGGAUGGGUGUUGCAGAAAACUAUUGAACUGGACAAGCUCAUUUCACUAACACCAUUGAUGGAGACACAACACCCAACGACAAUAGUGGGGUUUGAUGAGGAUAACAAUGUGUUUUUUCUCUCAACGGCUAUUGAUACCUUCAUGAUCCAACUUGAGUCAAUGAAGUUCACUACCCUUCCCAAAGAUGACAGCAUCCGGCUGUAUUAUCCCUACACAAGUUUCUAUACUACUGGCUGGGGCAUUGGUGGUGGGGAUGAUAGAUCUGAAAUGUUGAACAAUGCACGAGCUGAUUUCCCUGUUUGAUAUGGUACCAGGAGCUGUCUAACAGUAACAGGUGUGCCAAGAUGAAGAAGAAAUUAUAUAGUUGGCUGAUAUUAUCUGGAGUUAUGUUCAGUGACGCGUAGUCUAAUGAAACUGUGGCUUGUGCUUUGGUUAGCGCUUCGGUGUGGAAUGGAAUGUUCACCCUUUCCUGAUGAUUUAGCGCAGACGAAGGAUGUUUGUCUAUCUGAACUUGAUCACACUUCAAUGGUUUGGUUGUUUGUACCUGACGGCUGACGAUGUGGUGUGUUCA